AUGGGGGAGAAGAACGAACAAAAGGGGCACGUCCAGCCCUUGUCUCGGCCGGCGCACACGCUCCUGCCCGAUGAGACUCUGCGCGAACUCCAGGUAAACCCGGAGGAGGGUCUCACUGCGGCGGAAGCAAAGAAGCGGCUGGAGCUGCAUGGACCAAACGAACUGGAGGGCGGCGAGGGAGUCUCGCUGGCCAAAAUCGUUAUCAGACAGAUUGCCAACGCGAUGAUGCUGGUUCUUAUUAUCGCCAUGGCUGUUAGUUUCGGAAUCCAAUCUUGGAUUGAAGGCGGCGUUAUUGGCGCUGUCAUUGGACUCAACAUCGUGGUGGGCGUGUAUCAGGAUUAUGCCGCAGAGAAGACCAUGGACUCUCUUCGGAACCUGAGCUCACCCACCGGCGUAGCCACGCGAGAUGGCAAAACAAACACUAUUCCCGCUACCGAAAUUGUCCCUGGAGACAUGAUUGAACUCAAAGUCGGUGACACUGUUCCGGCUGAUGUCAGGCUUGUGGACGCCAUGAACUUCGAAACAGACGAGGCAUUGUUGACCGGCGAGUCGCUGCCCGUCCAGAAAGAGGUCGAUGUGGCCUUUGACGAAGACACCGGACCCGGAGACCGCCUGAACAUCGCAUACAGCUCCUCAACCGUGACCCGUGGCCGAGCUCGCGGAGUCGUCGUCGGCACUGGAAUGAAGACUGAAAUCGGCGCUAUUGCUGCUGCCCUGCACGCAAACGACUCCCGGAAACGCCCAGUCAAGCGCGGUCCACAAGGCGAAACCAAGAAGCGGUGGUAUGUGCAGGCUUGGACCCUGACUGCCACCGAUGCCGUUGGUCGGUUCUUGGGCAUCAACGUUGGAACACCCCUGCAACGCAAGCUAUCCAAGUUGGCCUUGCUCCUCUUCGCUAUCGCCGUCAUAUUCGCGAUUGUCGUUAUGGCCGCCAACGAGUUCCGCAAUGACAAGGAAGUCAUUAUCUAUGCGGUCGCCACUGGCCUUGCCAUGAUCCCAGCUUGCCUCGUCGUGGUCCUGACAAUUACAAUGGCGGUGGGAACGAAGCAAAUGGUUGAGAGACACGUCAUUGUCCGGAGGCUUGACUCCCUGGAAGCCCUUGGUGCUGUGACUAACAUCUGCUCAGACAAAACUGGAACUCUUACCCAGGGAAAGAUGGUCGCCAAAAGGGCGUGGAUUCCAUCGCUGGGAACGUAUUCAGUUGGCUCGUCCAGUAACCCGCUAGAUCCCACCGAGGGCGACCUCAGCCUUUUGCCGGAUGCUCCUAUCCAGCUUGAGCGUGACGUGCAGGGGAAGCCUACAGACCCGGCUGAGCUUAUCAAGGACAACAAGACGUUGGAGGACUAUCUCAAUGUAGCCUCCAUGGCUAACCUGGCUGUUGUUCACAAGUCCGAAGGCAACGAAUGGCAAGCUCGUGGUGAGCCAACCGACAUUGCAAUUCAGGUCUUCGCAUCCCGCUUCAACUGGGGCCGUGAACGCUGGACAAAGGGUGAGACGCCGAUCUGGCGCCAGAAGGCUGAAUACCCCUUCGACUCGACUGUCAAGAAAAUGUCCGUCAUUUUCGCUCGGGAGGACGACAACGAAAAGGGUACGCACCAGAUGGUCUUCACCAAGGGCGCUGUGGAACGUGUCGUCGAAUCUUGCACAACCGUCCUCUGGACUCGCGGAGAAGAACCAGUCCCAAUGAGCAAUGACAUCAAGAAACAAAUCCUGCAGAAUAUGGAAGCACUUGCAAAGGAAGGUCUUCGCGUUCUGUGCCUGGCCAGUCGAGAAUUCCACACAGAUUUCGCCAGCGGCGAAGAAGUGCCUCCCCGCGACGAGGUCGAGAAGGAUCUCGUUUUCUGCGGAUUGGUCGGUCUAUACGAUCCACCUAGGCCUGAGACAGCUGGCGCGAUUGAAGAGUGCUACCGAGCUGGAAUCUCCGUCCACAUGGUCACUGGUGAUCACCCUGGUACUGCACGAGCCAUCGCCGCUCAAGUCGGGAUCAUCCCGGCCAACAUGGAUGGAAUAGCGAAGGACGUCGCGGACGCGAUGGUCAUGACUGCCAGUCAAUUCGACAAGCUGACGGAUGACGAGAUCGACGACUUGCCCACAUUGCCUCUGGUUAUCGCACGAUGCGCACCAAACACCAAGGUCCGUAUGAUUGAUGCUCUGCAUCGCCGUGGCCGCUAUGCCGCCAUGACUGGUGACGGUGUCAACGAUUCUCCGUCUUUGAAGCGUGCCGAUGUUGGUAUUGCAAUGGGAGAAGCAGGCUCCGAUGUAGCAAAGGAUGCCUCGGAGCUCGUGCUAACAGACGAUAACUUUGCUUCGAUCAUCAACGGUAUCGAGGAGGGUCGUCGAAUUUUCGAUAACAUUCAGAAAUUUGUCCUGCAUCUUCUUGCAGAAAAUGUCGGUCUGGCGCUUACUCUUCUUAUUGGUCUCGUGUUCAAGGACGAAGAUGGACAGUCGGUCUUCCCCAUUGCCCCCGUCGAGAUUCUGUGGAUUAUCAUGAUUACCUCCGGUGCUCCUGACAUGGGAUUGGGAAUGGAAGUUGCCGCGCCUGAUAUCAUGGACCGGCCUCCUCAGAGCAAACAAGGUAUCUUCACCUGGGAAAUCAUCGUCGACAUGAUCGUAUACGGCAUGUGGAUGGCGGCCCUCUGCCUAAGCGCCUUCUCGCUGGUCCUGUACGUCUGGGGCGACGGCAACCUCGCCCGCGGGUGCAAUGCCAGCUACAGCCCCGAGUGCGACACCGUCUUCCGCGCCCGCGCCACAACCUUCGUCUGCAUGACCUGGUUCGCCCUCUUCCUCGCCUGGGAGAUGAUCAACAUGCGCCGCAGCUUUUUCCGCAUGCAACCCGGUUCCAAGAAGUACUUCACCCAGUGGAUGCACGAUGUCUGGCGCAACAAGUUCCUGUUCUGCGGCGUGAUGCUGGGCUUCGUCACGACGUUCCCGGCGCUCUAUAUCCCUGUCAUCAACGACGUCGUCUUCAUGCAUACUGGGAUCUCCUGGGAGUGGGGCGUUGUCAUCGUCGAGGCGAUCCUGUUCUUUGCGGGCGUUGAGCUCUGGAAGUGGUGCAAGCGUAUCUAUUUCCGGCGCGAGUCUGUGAAGAACAGGAAUCAGGUCGAGCAUUAUCGUGGACCUCAGGAUUUCAGUCGGUAUACGACGAUGAGUCGCUCGGAUACCCAGGCGACUGGGGACUUCAAGAUGGAGCAGUCCAUGGUUUGA